UCCAUAAUUCCACUAAAUUGCGACCUUUCCCCCCAAGUAAACAUACUGUUUCUUUAAAAUAAAAGGACAGAAGUCAGGCUGGGUAUUAAGCCCUGGAAUGAGGGUGUAACCGGUUCAGCAAAUGACACUCACACACACAAAGGUGGUGCUUUAGGCGAUGCCAACCGAGUUGUGUGUCUUCGGAGGGGUCGAGAAUGGGAGGAACUGAUUUCUUGACCUGGCUAUUAGUCACAGCUGACUAAUGUGUGUGUUUGUGUGUCAGGAGGGUGGGAUAGAAGGAGCAGUGAGAAUGCUGGACGGCUACUUUCCCUCCUGGCGCAUGAAUGCCUUCGCUCUCCAAAAAGGCUCAUUGCCAGAAGAGUGACAAAUACUUCCGCCUGCAGACUAUCCAAUGCACUUGUAACCUGUGGCUGCAGAGUGGCAGCGGGACAGACACCACUGCAAGUGUAUGAGUUACUACCAGCUUCUGAUAGAGAGAGAUUACAGAGAGAGAAACAAGAAAUAAGUCUCUGCACCUGUGGAUUUCUCUGGCCGUCUUCCUGGAGGGACAGAAGGAAGGAUGAGCAUUUCCUCGGAACCCAAAUCCUUCCCAAAACAAAACGUAAACAGUCUCCAAACGCAAAUUGUAGAGCUGAAUGUCGGCGGGGAGAUCUUCACGACCACCUUGAGCACCUUGAAGAAACAUCCUGGCUCCAAACUGGCUGAGAUGUUUGUGGGCGGCCAGUCCAAACUUCGCACUGACUCCAAAGGGAGAUACUUCAUCGACCGUCCUGGCACUUAUUUCAAAUACAUCUUGGAAUAUUUACGGAGCAACCAGGUUCCCAAUCAAUGCGUCCAAGAGGUCUACAAGGAAGCCCUCUUCUACGACAUCGAGCCGUUGAUCAAGCAGCUGGAGGAUUCCCCUCCGAUCUUCGGGGAGCUGGUGGCCAGGAAACAGUUCCUCGCCCGGGUUCCCAGCUACACUGAGAACAUUGAGCUGAUGAUCCGCAUCGCCCGGGCCGAAGCAGUGGCCGCCCGCCAAUCCAACGUCAUGGUCUGUGCGGUGAAGACGGAGGAGGACCUCGCCCGGUGCCAAGACACCUUCAACAGUUUGGACACGUAUAAGAAAUCCGUGGUCAGGUUUGGUCCCUGGAAUGCCUCACCCAGCAUCUCCGAUCUGCUGGACUGCAUCAAAAUGGACAUAGAAGCCAAAGGUUACCAGAUCACUUUCCAAGCCUAUACUAUGGAGAAGGGCUUCCGCUUCAGAUCCAGUGACUUUUUCUACAAGUUUGCCUUCACUUGGUGGUAGCAGAAAAGCCAAUACAGUCAGUCCUCCGUAUUCAUUGAGAUUAGAGAUCUCUAUCGGUGCAUGUACAUUGUCGAAUUAAUGCAGUUUGACACCACUUUGACUGUCAUGGCUCAUUGCAAUUAAAUUAUGGCACUGUUCUGUCUCCCAGGAGCCUGGUUUGCUUUACCUUACAGUUGCUUGAAGUUGCUACCCCUUGCAUUUUUCCCAGGGAUGCUGCAGCUCUGCAGAGCCCUGAAAGUUAACAGUUUCAGAGGCUGGAAAGCCAGUCUGUAGGCCUUUUGCAGCUAUUGGCUUAGAACAGUGGUUCUCAACCUGGGAUCCCCAGAUGUUUUUGGCCUACAAUUCCCAAAAAUCCUAACACUUGGUAAACUGGCUGAGAUUUCUGAGAGUUGUAGGCCAAAAACAUCUGGGGACCCCAGGUUGAGAACCACUGGCUUAGAAGGUAUCUUUUUGGGUUUUGAGACCGCCCUUUCUCCCAGGGAAGAGAUCUCCAUUUUGGAAUCUCCCCUGCCUCGUUAGUUAGAGAAGGAACUUCAAAUGUGCUGGUGGUUAGUCAGGAUAGCUCUGGGAGAAUAAUUGUAAGUACUAUUAAGACUAUUGAAGGUUGAGAUAUUAUAGAUAGAUAUUGAGAAACAGAUAUAGAUUGAGAUACUAUAAAUAAAUAUGGAGUAAGAUUGAGUCAUAGAUAGAUAAAUUUAGUAUUGAGAUAUUAAGCAUUACUUAAUAUCCAAAGCUAUAAAUAGGGGGAAAAAACUGCUUUUUUUCUGAACCAUAGCAGCUCAGGGUUAGGGUGAAAGAUUCCAGAAUCUUAUCUGCCAUUUUGGGGAAAGGUUGCCUUAGUAACUCGAGGAAAGGAAAGAAAGAUCAUCUCUAUUGCUUCACCAAUUGACUGUCCUGUUUGUAACCUUGAUGAACUGUGCCAAGUCUGCAAGGACUUUGAAGAAUAAAUAUUCCUUUUUUGAUGUUCAAAAGCCUUUAAUAGUCUCAGUUGCUGAAUAUCUCAAACUUCUAAAGAAAGACACUUGCAGAUCACUCGGACAUAGAGAGCAGCACAUCUUAGUUUAUUUUUAUAAUGUCUGGGUGUAACAGCACAGGCACUAAUAGUUCGGUGAGGCACCAGCACUCUUUGGCAGAGAAGGCUAAUAAAGACCUUGUGAAACUACAACUUCCAUAGCAUUUAGACAUGGAACUUAAAGUGGUGUCAACCUGCAUUAAUUCUACAAUGUAGAUACACCCUAGAUCCUCUAAUGCAACUUUUGGCAAAUAUUGACCAUAGAGUCACAUUGUCGGACCCGGAGACAUUAAUCGCCUUUGUAGUUUAAUCAGUUCAGCAUCCAUAUGUUGUUGGACUGCAACUCCCAGCCUUCAUCAACUUGCUUCCUAGGGCUGCUGGGAGUUCCAAUCCAAUAAUAUAUGGAAAGCUAUAAGAUUCUUACCAGUGUGGUGUAGUGGUUUCAGUGUUGUAUCUGCACACUGGAGUUCAGGGUUCAAAUCCCCACUUGGCCAUGGAAACCGACUUGGGCAAGUCACACUCUCUCAGCCUCAGAGGAAGGCAAAAACAAACCUCCUCUAAACAUAUCUUGCCAAGGAAGUCUCAUGAUCGGUUUGCCUUAGGUUCUCCAUAAGUUCGAGAGACACAACAACCUACUGCAAGAUUAUGGACGCUUCCUCUCCUGCAGAUGGUUUAGACUACAACUCCCAUUAACUCCACUUAACAUGACCAGUGAUAAGGGAUUGUGAGAGUUGUAGUACAAAAUAGCAAAGUGACCGAAGCUUCGCUUGCUCUGCCUCACUAGAUACUGAUUUUACAGAUGCUGUCUACACCAGGUCACACCCAACCUCUUACAACCCUUUCUGCUUAUCUUUGCAGCGUGGGAACAGUCAUAUUAACUCCAAGCUCUGGCAUUUUUACGGAUUGAGCCUUGACCAUGCAUUCCUAGACUUAUACAGUACAUCUAAUACUCAGUUCAGUCUCUCCUGGGAGUUAAGGUGCAUCUAUACUGUCAUAUCAAUACAGUUUGACAGCACUUUAAAAUGCCAUGGUUCAAUGUCAUGGAGUCAUAGGAACUGGAGUCUGAUAAGGUCCAAUACUGUAUAGCACAAUAAAACAUAGCAUCGAGC